AUUGGCCCUUAGUGCUGUUCCCCACGCGACAGAUCCCAGCCGCCGCCGCCGCCGCCGCCGCCGAGUAGGUUGUUGCCACGCUGAAGGCCACGCGCGGCGGGGGAGGUCGAGGAGAUACGGAGGUCGCCGCGUGUCUCGAAGAGGAGGCCGCCGUCGCAACUCCGGCCGUCUGCAAUUACCCCGGACGGCGGGGAGCCGCCGGCGCGGGUUGCGACCAGCUCACAAGUAGCCAUUCUUACUGUUUUGGUGCUUGUGGAAGGAAGCUCCAGGUUGCUGAUGCAAAUUAGAGGACCUGACUCCUGAUUGGACAGACAUUUGUCUUACUUGUCUCAUGCCAUCUACUUAAAUUGGACUGGACAAUCAGCAAAGUGAAAUGGCAGAACCAUGGCCAUCGUAUUCGUCAUCAUCUCGUGGGAAAAAGAAGCGACCACGCUCUCCUAAUGACGAUGCCACAAGUUCACAAGGCAGAACCGAGAACAGCACAAGCCUUGAGGACAACCUUAUAUUCAGUGAUACUUUGAUAGCUCUACAGUUGAUGCGCACACAGUUCCCAAAGCUAGAGAAGGUUGUAACACAGCCUUUCAUUUUACAGUCCCAAUUGUAUAGUAGUGUGAAGGACAGGACACAAGUUGAUAGAGAUUUGGAGUCACUGAAGAAAGACAGAGUACUCCGUGUAUUCAAACUCAAUACUGGGCAGGAUGACCAUGCAAUCAUGUUCAUGGAUGAUUAUCUUAAACAGAUGGAAUCUGCUGUCAGGAGGUCAACGGGUAAAAACAAAGAUGGUAGUGAAGUGUUCGACUGGUUUGAGAAAUAUGUUCUGCGUUCGAAAUUGGAUGUUAGCAUUGAUCACCUAGAGCUGUGCUCACUGUUAUCACAUGGUGGUGAUGCAAGAGAUAAACAUAUCACCUUAUUGAUGAAUGCUGGUCUCCUGACACGCCAACUAAUAGAUCCAAACAUGUUCUGGUUUUCUAUUCCAAGUAUUGGUCCUAUCUUGAAAGGCCUAUCCCAGGGGAGGAAGGAAGUUCUUUCAUUACUGAACCGUCGGAAGUACAAGGAGAUGCUACUAUCUUCACUGGAGAAGACGAGGUUGAGGUUAUCACCUCUCGAUGUGCGGUUCCACCUCCGUGAUCUGAUUGGGUCUGGUCACAUAAAGACGGUUCAAACACCCACUGGCUUACUUGCUCGCGUGUCAACAGAUUGAUAGACACGCCUUUGGAUCAGCCUUUUUUAGCAGUUUUUGGCUUCUUCGGAAAAGAACACCAUUUUCCUGCCGAGUCAGCAAAAGGUAGUCAGAGUUUAUUUGAUUGGUUCCUGCAUUCUUUAAGGUCAAUUAGUAGGGUGUAUUGCAAAAAAGAAAUUCUGAUACGUACUCUGGUGUUGAUCUGAUUAAUGUUGUAUAGUUAUGGCGAUGUAAUACUAGAGAUUUUUACCUACCAAAUGGAUUGUUUCCUGUGAAAUGCAUGGAAACAUAUUGUUGAA